UGGUUAAUGCGAUUCUAUUCUCAUUACCUGGGGUCUUCUACCAUCUUAGUACAAAGGACGUAUCGAUACUUUUUAUUGGAACUUUAGAGGAAUACAUGUCAUCCUUGAACCACGGCAAGAUACCUAGCGGUAACGGGAAAUAGGCCAUUUGUUGCCUGGUCUCAACUGUAAAACACAUGGUUCGUUAACGCACGGUGGGCAGGUGUGACGGUGUCCCGGUGUCCCAGUAACCUGGGAUGUCUCUGUUGCCGGGUGUGGCUGCCCGGGCCUCUUUGUGCCCAUUCCCUGUCCUCCAGAUAGUAUUUAGUCGAGAGCGAACGCACCUUGAAUCUCAUCCCAUUUCUCCUCACUUUCACAACACCACAGCUACCUACCUUCAUUACGACGAUCCAGUCGCUCGCCUUCUAGUCACCGAUCCCAGCCAAACCUAAUCACUCGAUUACUUCAUCCAUCAAGAUGCCCAGCAAUCAAGGAUACUCGUACAAGAGCUCCGGCACCAACAGCCAGGGCAACCACUACUGCUCGCGCGACUACGGCAGCAGCGCGUCCAACCCCAACUCGUACCACUACUCCAACACCGAUGGAUCGUACUACUACUCCAACCCGAACGGCAGCAGCUACUACAACAAUGGCCAGGGCAGCUCGACCUACACGGCACCCUCUGGUAACAGCUCCUCCUCGUCUGGCAAGAAAUAGACAGCUGCUGGGAUUGAGAGGUCUGCAGUUUCUCUCUUAUGCGCUGUUUUCACGGGUUGAAUGCUAUUCGGCUUCCCCAUCCCCAAUCAGUUAUUCCAUCGCGUAGGCAAAGGUUAGCGCGAAGGCUGUGUGUGUGUGAAGUAGUGAUAUGGGAUUCUCAGGCGUAGUCUAGGAUACGCGGUUUGCUAGCACCAACCUGAACAAGAGAUUCCUGCACUCUAUGAUGGAGGUCCGAAUGAAGUGAAUUGUACCCGUGCGAACCUAAAGCAACACAAGUUUAAAGAGCUCGUCUGGAUGUCCAUCCAAUGGAUUGUAAA